GCUUCGGCCACGAUUCGGCACUAAAGUCCGACAACUGAGCCCGAGCGCUGGCGACGAGUGCAGCAUUCUCAAUUGCAACAGAUCUCUUGGUUCCUGCAUGCGCAUGUAGCUAGCAAUACGCUGGCGGUCUUUUGAACGCAUCGAGCUGUUCUCCUGGCUUCCUCUGCUUCUUCCACGGACCCCUCAACGCAAGCAAGGGCAGUCUAACAUCCAUCCACCGUUGCCUUCCAUACAAAUAAGAAAUGAAGGGGGGAAUUGUAGGGAGUUUCUCCGCUGCGGUGCGGUCCAUUGGGCAGCCGGCUCAGUCAUGCCUACGUCGAUCCCAAGCCUUCCGAACGGCGGCCUGCUCACUCACACAACAAGCUAGAGAUAUGUCUACAGACGGGACAUCUGCAUUGUCAAAACUCUCAGCGUCUACCAGGGCCUCGAGAAACACAAAUAAUGAUUCUGCAUCCAUGGCCUUCCGUCUUAAUCAGGUUGUCCAGUCCGGCUAUGCCAUGCAAGACCCGCCACACCACCUUCAUGUCUACUCACACAAACACAAUACCCACAUCACCCUAACGCGACCAAACCGAGAACCCUUGCUCUCCAUGAGCUGUGGAAAUAUCGGUUUCCGCAAAGCACAGCGUUCGAAAUUUGACGCAGCGCAUCAGCUUGCAUCCUUCAUGAUGGGCAAAAUCCAGGAAGAGGGACAUCUGUUGACGAUGAAGCGACUAGAGGUUGUACUCCGAGGUUUUGGCCCGGGCAGAGAGGCGUUUACAAAGGUUCUGCUGGGCUCGGAAGGAAAGAACAUUCGCAAUAUGGUGUGCAGGGUCACAGACGCUACUCGAGUAAAAUUUGGUGGAUGCCGGAGCAAAAGGGUACGCAGGUUGGGCUGAGGUCGAUUUCAACGUUUUAUUUUUCCUUCGAAUCUAUAUACUUUCCUCCUACUGAACGGACCUCGAUAACCCUUUACGCAUGUUGAUUUAUUCUAUCUGGAAUUAUGGCGACGGGAAUCGAGAAACGGAACGUAAAUUAAAACCUUGUUUCGGUCGUCGUCGAUUCAGGGAGGGAUUUCAACCAUUCGGGGCUUCCGGAUGAUUCUUUUUGAAUGGCACUGCGUGUAACAUUGGUAACGACGGAUUUAUCACUACUUAGAUUAAUGUAUUUAUAGAUGCUCCGCUCUCCCGUGCCAUGUAUCUUCACCUGUAAAUUUUACGAACAUCUUUUUGUCACAGAUUUACUAAGGGACACAAUUGUCCAGCUGCUGUAAAUAAUAAAACAUCAUUUGCUACGAAUCCCCACCCCCUCUCUACCCUCAUCUAACCUCUUUUCGGGUGUAAUAUCAAGCGAUUAGCUACAGUCGCCUGUCUCUUGUCGCGUUUCCAUUUUGUGUCCCAUAAUUCCCGUUUGGGUCUAGUGCAGCCCAGCAAGCCUUCAGAUCACAUGAUUUUAGUGCUUCCCAGCAUCCAAG